AUGAUAAAUUCCUAUAAUAACAAUAAUAACAAUCUUAUUAAUAAUAAUAAUAAUAAUAGUGAAAACAUUAUCAUAAAUAAUGAUAACAAUAAUGAAUAUGAUUCAUAUAACAAUUUUAUUUUUAAAAGAGAAUUUUUAAAAAGAUUAAAUUUAAUUGAUAAAAGAAAUGAAGAAGAGUAUAAAAAUUUUGUAAUAGAAAAUCUAUACGAUAUUGCUCAACUUCAACUUUUAUUUUGCCAACAAGUACCUUUAGAAAAUGUUAAUCAAUAUGACUAUUCAUUAGAGUCCGUAAUCGAAAGAAUUUUAAUUAAAAAUCAAGGAGGUGUUUCAUCCCACCUAAAUGUCAUCUUUUCGUUAUUUUUAAAUGAACUAGGUAUCAAUUGUAGACUCAUUAAAAUUGACGAAAAAAGUAAAUUUAACAAUAUAUUUCUUUCAAAUCCACACUAUUCCAUAAUUAUUCAAUGGGAUGAUGGAAAUGAAUAUUUAAUCGACGUAGGCCUAGGUAUUUACAAUUGCUAUCAACCAUUAGAGCUAGGUUCUACAACACCAAAAAUCCAUUCAUCUAAACACUAUAGAAUAAGAAAAUUCAACGAUGGAUUCAUAUAUGAAGAAAAGCUAAUUGAAGAGCACAUCUAUAACCCAGUAUUCCACUUUAAUAGAAAACAACAAAAAGAAAAUUUAACAUUUGAUGAUAUUUUAAAUAUUUCGAAUAAUAAUUAUAAUAAAAACAUUAAUAACAACAACAAUAAUAGACAAUACCUUUUUAAACUAUAUGAAAAAGGUUAUUAUUAUAUACACAAUAAUAAAUUCUUUAUAAAAAAUUAUUAUAACGAUAGUAAAAACAACGAAAUAACCAUUACAGACAACAACCAAUUUAAAAAAAUAUCAUUAAAAUAUUUUAAUAUUUUAAUAAAAUAA